GUAAAAAUAACACCACGUGGACACAUCGCUUGACGGCAAAUUGUGAGUAUGGCUUCUCAGCUGAUUUGUAGCGAAACUCAAAGCAGGGUGAGUUCUGUGCUAAACAGAGAUGUAAAGCAGUUUGGGAAAAAGUUCAUGUUCGACUGUAAUGAAGAAACCUGCUGGAACUCAGACCAGGGGGACUGUCAGUGGGUGCUGCUGGAGUUUCCCCGAUCGGUAAAAGUCUCUGUGGUGAAACUCCAAUUCCAGGGCGGCUUCUCGGCUAAAACAUGCAGAUUAGAAGGUUGCUGCAAAGACGGAGACUUCACAGAGUUGAGCCAGUUUUACCCAGAGGACAAUAACUGUCUUCAGAGUUUUCCCAUACAGGAGGCCCCCACAGUGGACAAAGUAAAAAUACUGUUUGAGAACAGCACCGACUUUUUUGGGAGAAUCAUUGUUUAUUCCUUGGACAUUUUGGGGGAAAAAACCUCAUGAGCAUUUUUUUUUUAAUGCUCUCAU